CCCCCCCAUUUCCGUUACGCUAUAAGCUAUAUGGGCUAACUGGCUGAAGUGUUUUCAAUCUUUUCAUGGUAUAUUUCCCAAAAACUAUUCCUUCCUACUCUUUGACUAGAAAACGCUGGUGCACCAUUUUUGGGACAAACGUUCACAUUCAAAACUGGCAAGGGAAAUCUGGAUUUCUGGAAAGUUAACGUGACAUACUUUACCUUCUGCUGUUUAAGUGCCCUUGAGCAAGAAUCCUAACCGCUCCAGCUAAAGCUGCUCAUUGGCCAUCAGUAUAGGGCUGCAGGCGUGAAGGAGUGUGAGGUGUACAUGUAUGCGGCUGAGAAAAAGCAUCAAAAUGAAACCUCAUUGUGUGUGUGUCUCUGUCUCCCUGGCGGCUUCAGCGUGAAGGAUGUAGAGCCAGAGGGGGGGGCAGGAUGGAGUGCUCCUGGAAGACGGUGCUGCUGCUGGUGUGUGCGUCUCUUGGGGUCCAGUACACGGCCAUCCGGACCCUGAGGGACUCUCUGUCUGGGCCCUGUCAGGGAACCUACCGCUGCCAGACCAGACACCACAGAGACUCCAGAUGGAGAGCCUUGUGUGAUGACAGUUGGAUGCCAGUAGAAUCGCCUCGGAAGCACAUCCUGCUGUUUGCCACCACGCGCAGCGGCUCCUCCUUCACCGGGCAGCUCCUCAACCAGCACCCAGGGAUCUUCUAUGUGUUUGAACCUCUCUACCAUGUCCAGCAGGCCUUCACCAACUCCAGCAGCAGGCUGCGUCGCACCCUGGACCGCCGGGCCCUACUGGGAGCGUACAGGGACCUCCUCCUCAAUCUGUACACCUGUGAUCUUCACUUCAUGGAGAACUACAUCCGCCCGGAGCCCCGGGACCACGUCACGAGCUCCUACUUCCGCCGAAGCUCCAGCCACGCGCUCUGUUCCCCUCCCGUGUGCUCUGAAGGAGGGGACGUAGCGGCCUCUGAUCUUCCCGAUGAAACAUGGUGUCCUAAGAAGUGCGGGGCCCUAAACCUUACCCUAGCCUCCAUGUCAUGUCUGUCAAGGGAACACGUAGCCAUAAAGACAGUGCGGGUCCCUGAGGUGGGAGACCUGCGCACCUUGACAGAAGAUCCACGCCUGGACCUGAAGAUCAUCCACCUGGUGAGAGACCCCAGAGCCAUCCUCGCCUCACGCAUGAUGGCGUUUUCAGAUCAAUUCCGCGCUUGGAAGAUAUGGAACGCGACCGGGCGGCAGCCUCGAUACGUGGACCUGACGCAGAUCACCAGCACCUGCAAGGACAUGGCUGCCUCCGCAGAAACAGGCCUGCAAAGACCGGCAUGGCUGCGGGGACGCUACCUGCUGGUGCGGUACGAGGACCUGGCGUUCAAACCGAAGGACAAGGCCACGGAGAUCUACAGGUUUGUGGGGCUGGAGAUGGAGGACAGGGUGCGGCUGUGGAUUGCAAAGAACACCAACAGUAACGGGUCGUCUCCGUCAGAGUGGAACUACAGGUACUCCACCACCAGAGACUCCAGGGCGACAGCAGAGAGCUGGAGGCGUCGUCUGGGCUUUGACAUCGUGAGGACCGUGCAGAAUCUGUGCAACGACACUCUGGCCCUGCUGGGAUACAAGCAGGUUCACUCUGCAGCUGAACUCCGAAACUUGUCUCACAGUUUAGUGGAACACAGGACCUUUCAACCAGUCACAUGGUAGAAAAAAACUUUACUGUUUAUUUAUUUAUUUAUUUCAGCUGACUUUCCUCUCUGUCAUGAUGCUGAUAACAUGAAUGUAAUUUAUCUUAUUUUUCAAUAACGCCUAAACUGAUAUCACUUUUUAUGGUUUUGUUAAAGAUAUUAAAAGUGCCAAAUGUCAAGCGUUGUGCGUGUGCGAUGCUGGAAAAAGUAUUGAUCCAGAAUUAAGUCCAUACUGCUGUAUGUGUUGAUUGAAAACUCUUCUCGAAUUCAAAAACACUGAAUCCUGAUGUGAUGAAGUUUAUUUUGUUUUUUUUAGGAUUCAAUUUUCUCAUAAUUUCAGUAUUUAAACAGGGGGAGGAGGGGAAGACAGCUGAAAGAGCCCAGGUACCAUUUCAGAGUAAAUCUGACCCUAAAUCAGACACACAGGAAGCGAGGGGGAUGCAUUUGUCAAAUAAAUAAAUAAAUUAUAGGGCUUGCCUUCCAAGUGUCUCUAAUGCAUUUUUGGAAAAGGAUUAAAAUGUCACGUUGUAGGAAGAAUAUCUGCACUGCAGCUCUAAUUGUGAAGAUGGGUCUCAUAGAACCAAUGUUUUUAUUUUUUUGUAAAUACUGAUUAACUGUCGCAAUGCAAGUGUGCAAAUAUUAUGUACUGGAUGUGUUUGA